CGAAAUCGCAACCGGCAUAAUGGGAAAAAUCGCGCGCGAGUAAACAGUCUUCUAUAAGCAGUGUCUGUAAUUCAAAUGAUGUACUUUAUGAUAAUGCAAUAAAGAUUUUGAAUUGAAUUGUAUAAAUAAAGUUUUGUUACUCAAAAUUUAUUUCAGUACGAAGAUAAAGUUAAUUAAUUAAAGUAGCGUAAUUAUUUAGUUGUACCUAUACGUCUUCUAAGUUGAUAUUUACAAAAAUAUUGUGUUCCAUAAAAUUUGUUUAAAUAAAUAACGGAAAGUGUGGCAAAAUAGAGUAGAUAAUUAUAAAAGAAUAAAGCACAAUGACGAAGCCUCCAAGAUGUGUGAACGAUGCAACGCUUCUUCACAUCAAUGAGCUGGCUGCGAGGGUGGUCGCCCAGUCCGGGAUACCCGGGGACAGGUUCCACUUGGGCAAACUCAUCCUGCAGAGCUUGAAAGAUGCCCCGGAUUUUGUACUGCAGAUUGAUGGUUCAACGGGGGAAUCUGUGACAUUCCAGCAAGGCCUGGAGAGGUCGGUGCGAUGCGCCAUAGCCCUCAGGAACAUGGGUCUCAGGGUUGGUGACGUCGUAGUCCUCAUAUCUCCCAACUAUUCCGACUUGGCUGCAGUAUUUUAUGCCGCGUUGUAUCUUGGAGUAGUUCUGGCGCCUGUUGAUAUGAGCUUGGGCGUCUUAGAACUCAAAAGCGCAUUUGAAGUGAAUAAACCCAAAAUAGUUUUCUGUAAGAGUGAUAAAACAAGAGAAGCUACUGAAGCGCUUACAGCUGCAGGACAGGAGCCGCUUAUUGUGACCUUUGAUCAUGGAGAACAAUUUAUGACCUAUCAGAAUUUCAUAAAGAAAUACUCAGAUAACUCGCCCAUCGAAGAUUUUAAGCCGAAUGAUUUUGAUACCGAAGAAACUAUAUCAAUGUUCAUUACCACCAGUGGGACUACGGGGCUACCGAAGGCUGCUGCUUGUUCACACAAGAAUUACGCUAUAGCUUUACCUUAUUUAUGGUCACGUUUUACGAACUUUCCCACGCCCACCCGGGUGGCAAUGGUGUGCACCACUCUGCAAUGGAUGACGGCUAUGUUGAAUUACUUGAGCUCCCCUAUAAUGAGGUUCACCAGGUUACACACAUCAGAACCACUGACUUUGGACCACGCAUACCAUGUUAUUAAUACGUAUAAGCCAACGUUUUGCAUCAUGUCUCCUACACUAUUGGCGUCCUGGAUCAAUCCUGCCACCAGGGAUAGGUGUGACUUUAGCAGCUUCGAAGUGAUUUACACAGGUGGGAGUGCUGUGCAUCAGGAGUUGCUUGAAGAAGCCAAGAAAGCGAUGCCAGAAACAGAGAUUUGUAAUGUUUAUGGCAUGAGUGAGCUAUCUGGCAGCGCAUUCCACUGUCGAUACCCGUCUCAGGGCUCCUGUGGGACACAAAUUGGUUGCCAUCAGUAUCGUCUUGUAGACGUUGAAACUCAGAAAGAAAUAUACGAACCAAACGUGAAAGGAGAAUUGUGGGUGAAGGGUCCUGCUGUUAUAAAAAACUACUACAACAAUCCAGAAGCUACUAAGGCCGCGUUUACUGCUGACCGCUGGUUUAAAACUGGCGACUUGUUCUAUAGAGACGAACACUGGAACUUUUACUUCGUGGAACGAAUGAAACUCCUUCUCAAAUAUAAGAAUUAUCAGAUAUCGCCAGUGGAAGUAGAGAGCGUUAUUCUGCAACACCCAGGAGUACAAGACGUAAUUGUGGUCGGUACACCGGAGUUGGAGAGUGGGGAACUGCCCGUCGCGUUCGUAAUCCGCCGAGCAGGCAGCAAUGUCACUGCGCAAGAGAUCAAGGAUAUGGUCAAAAGUCUACUGUCAGACGCGAAGCAGCUGCGGGGUGGCGUGGUUUUCCUGGACUCUUUUCCACUGACUACUACCUCCAAAGCACAUCGGAUGAAGUUGAAGGAAAUGGCACUCACAAUGCACAGGGAAUGAAGACAAAAGCUCAUCAAAUUCUUUGUUCUUUACACAAUCUACUCGUACGUUCAUUACAGAGUAACCUAUUUAACAUACUUAUUUUUGAAAUUAAAGCCAGUGAUUAUUUAA